AUGUACAACCCCUAUCAAGCUCCCGGUCUCUAUGGCAGACCUCCAGACUAUGGCGCUUAUCCAGGAGCGCCUCCAGGCAUGGCUCCUCCUCCUGGCAUGGCAGCACCCGGAACUGCUCCACCCCCGGGGAUGCAGCAGGCCAACGCCCCGCAGCCCGGUCGACCUGCCGGCUUCCCUCCAAACUUCCAACCUCCUCCCAACAUGCCCAACAUUAACUUCUCCGCGCCCGUGAUCCGCCUCGGAACAACCGGUCCCUCGAAGUCAGCGACCCCCGACACAAGCAAGGAGCGCGGUGGCGAGGCACCCGGCCGGCGUGCGGGAUUGGGAUCGACGAGUCUCGAGUCCCAGCGCCAGAAUGUGCGAGACGCGAUGAUGCAGCUGCAGCCGCCGACGAGGGAAGAGAUUGUCCGGACAAUUUUUGUGGGAGGAAUCACCGAGGGCGCUGGCGGCGACGAGGGCAUUGAGAAGAUUCUGCGGUCGGCGGGAAAUCUGAGGCGCUGGAUCCGUGCGACGGAUGCCGAUGACAAGCCAUGCAAGUUCGGUUUCGCAGAGUACGAGGACCCUGAAAGUCUCGGUACUGCUGUUGAAAUACUAAAGGAGGUGGAAGUGCCCGUCAAGAGACAAACUCCCUCCGAGGACGGUGACAAGAAGGAAGAACAGGAGGUGGAGAAGAGCACUCUACUGGUGGUUGUCGAUGACAGUUCCUUGAGUUAUCUGGAGCAAUACGAAGAGACCAGAGGCGAACAGGACCCGGCUGAGCGCCAGGCGCGACUUGAUGCGGCACGUAGCACACUUGCUGGCGUCCUGUCCGAGCUGAUCCACCCUACCUCGCCUACCCGAAAGGAAGACACAUCGGCGAUUGAUCGCGAGGGGGACACUGCCAUGAAGGAUACCGACGGGCAGGCCGAUGGCUCCGCUGAAGUUGUCACCAUUCCGAUUACGAUUGAAGAUGAAUUGUCCGAUAUCCCUGCAGAAAUGCGGGAGACCGUCGCCAAGGAGAUUGCAGCUUUCCGAGAGCGCAGUAAUCGCAGGGAUAUUGAACGUCUCAAGAGAGAGGAAGAGCUCGAGUCCAUGGAGCGCGCGCGCAAUGCGGGAUCGCGCAUCAAUCGACUGGCUUCGCCUCCACCCACAGCCCCCAGUGGACCUGCGGCGGGAGCCAAUGGAGUUCCCCUUGGUCCGCGUGACCGUGGCAUGCCAAACGCGCCCUCGGGACCCAAGGGAUUCGGUGUGCAGAUUCCCAAGGACUACCAGAAGGGAGUGACCUUUGUCAACGGUGCCACUACAGUCUAUAUUGAUCGGGAAGAGGAGGAAUCCGAUGCGAGCGACGAGGAGCUAGAACGCCGACGCCAGGAGAAGAGAGAGGCCGAUCUCGAGAAACAGUACCUCGAUCAGGAACGACGCUGGUUGAACCGCGAGCGCAGCAGAACUGCAGCGCUAGAGCGGGAGAAGAAGCGCGACAAGGAAGAGGAGGCCAAGGCCCAAGAAGUGCGUGACGAAAUGGACCGGCGGUACCGCGACUGGAACGACGACGUCGAGGCUAGCCGCAAGGUUGAUGAAUACUACGCUGACCGGGGCGCAUGGCUUCGCAGUCGGGCCGCCUUCCGGGCCCGUGAGAUCAGCAACGACGAAGCUGAUCGUGCGGCCGAACAGCGGGAGCGUGCCCGGUCGGCGCAGCAGCGCGAGCAGGCCCGUGGCAUGGCGGACGACUUCCUCGCCCGCCAGGCCGAGGAGAUGGAGGCCCGUACGCAGGCACCCCGCGAGCCGCAGCGCUUCAAGCUCUCUCUUGGCGCGGCAGCACAGAAGGCCCAAGCUGCCACGACCCGUCGAACCGUUGCCGAAGUGGAAGGAUUGCUGGAGGACGAAGAGGAGCCUCAGGCGACCGCCAGACGACCUCUCAUCCCCAUCAAGUUCGACAGCGCAGCCGAGGCCGCUGGCCUCUCCGACGAGGAACGGGCGCAAGCUGCUCGCCAACUGGCAGCAGAGAUUCCGGCCGACAAAGAAGGACUAUGGAAGUGGGAUGUCAAGUGGGAGUUUGUGGAUGAGUCGGUCCUCAGUGAACAGCUCAAGCCUUUCGUGGAGAAGAAGAUUGUGGAGUAUCUGGGUGUGCAGGAGCAGAUGUUGGUGGAUGUGGUAGAGGAGCAUGUGCGGAAGCACGGCCAUCCUCAGGAGCUUGUGGAACAGCUCGCCGAGGCACUUGAUGAAGAGGCAGAGGUGUUGGUCCGCAAACUGUGGCGAAUGAUUAUCUUCUUCUCGGAGAGUGAGAAGAGAGGACUUUCGGCAUAA